UUACUCCCUCUCUGGGGAUGUUCUGGCAUCUUCUCUUGGAGGUCUUGCUGAGGGGAGAUGGUUGCUUACUAUUCAGGUCCAAUGGCCCCUAGCUGUCAUAAUACUCUUUAACUAGAUAAGAAAAACGCAUACUCAACAUUUCUUCUAUCCAUCACUAUAUUUCUCAUCCCCAUUUUUUCCAGCGUCCCCUGUCCUCAUCAGCUCUCCUUUACUCUGCAUUUCCCAAGCCAUGCGUGAAUUAGAUCCACUGGUACAGGAGUACCAACACGACAAGCAUCGACCGAGGGAAUCCGAGGCCCUUCUGAUUCUCCGGAAAAUUGCCUCACUGGUAAAACCAAUUAUGCGUCGACGUUCCUGGAAGGUUGGAACCCUUUGCGAAUUUUAUCCCCAACAACAGAACCUUCUUGGCCUCAACGUCAACGCCGGGCAAAAAAUAUGCCUGCGCCUCCGGUAUCCGGGGGACCAGGGCCAGUUUCUGCCUCUCGAGCAGGUUGUAGACACCAUGCUACACGAGCUAUGUCACAUUGUGCAUGGACCUCAUAAUCAACAAUUCCAUGCUCUCUGGAAUCAACUACGUGACGAACAUACGGAGCUUGCCAUCAAAGGAUACACUGGAGAAGGGUUCCUUUCUGAUGGAAGACGUCUUGGGGGCAGAAAAAUUCCCAUCGAUGAAGCCCGCAGGCAAGCUAGAGCGGCUGCAGAGCGGAGACAACUUUUCUCCGCUGGCUCAGGGCAGCGAUUAGGAGGCGCCUCCACUAUGCGGGGAGGCGACAUGCGAAGAGUUAUUGCAGAUGCGGCGCAAAGACGCAUAGACGUAACCAAGGGCUGUGCAUCUGGAGCGGAGAAUUCUAAUGAACUUGCCGAGGAAGCAUCCAGAAAUGGAUUCCGAACAAAGGCAGAGGAAGAUGAUGCAAACGAGCGAGCGAUUAUGCAGGUCUAUAUUGAUCUGAUUGAGGAGGAAGAAAGAGAAAGAUACGGUCCAUCUUACAUUCCACCCAGCCAAGACAAUCCGGCAGGGCCUCGAGCAAGCCUUUCUCCUCCGCCGGUUCCUCAGAAUACUAAACCACACUUACCAACUCGGUCAGAGGAGCCGGUCGACCUCACAGCAGAUGAUACCCUCCAGGAAACUACGUGGAUGUGCCCUACUUGUACACUCAUCAACCCAGCCAAUUUUCUAUGCUGCGACGCUUGCACAGCUGAAAGACCCCAUCUUUCUAACCCUCAUUCUACACCAAAGCCGCCGUCGACGACCGAAUCUAACGCAUCGCGCCCUGUGAAUAGAAACAAACGCCCGGUAGACCAUACUGUUGAAUACAAUAACACCUUCAAGAAUAGAAGAAGUGCCGUUGAAAGCCUUGCUGCUCUUGAAAGUAAUGCCCAGAAACGUCCUCUCGGAUGGCUAUGCCACUCCUGUGGCACUUUCAUGGAGACCGAAUGGUGGACAUGCUCCGGCUGCGGAACAAUGAAGCCCGCUUCAUGAGAACUAGGACUGACAAACACACUUGGUGUCUGAACUAGUUAUCAAUGAUUAAUGACUGAUGGAAUUUAAUGCCUGUAUAUUAAUCAGAAACUGUUGAAUCGCUCUACCCUGGGGGCAAAUGAACAAAAUAGG